AUGAGGUUGUGGAGUGCUCGUGGAUUUGCAUCGGCACAAGUCGAUAACCUUUUAACCGAAGAAUGCGUCACUAAAGUAUCAGAGCUCGCCAAUGAACAAGCGGUGUCCAUCACCUUUGAAGACGGUGCGACCGCAAAGUUCCACAAUCUCUGGCUUCGUGAUCACUGCCGUUGCAAGCACUGCAUGCACCCCGAGACACUUCAACGUCAGAUAAACACGGCGACUAUCCCAAUGGACUCACCGUUUAACCGUCUCGAAGUCAAGAAUGCCGGUGCAACUGUAGCCAUUAAUUGGAAUACACCAGUACUUGGCUCUUCGUGUACAGCCAGUGAGUUUGAUGCUGCAUGGCUACGCAAUCACGCGUACGCAUUGGUAAGAGGCAAUGCAAAGGACCCGGUCGCGGGACCGUACCCAAAAUCGUACCGUCAGCCGCGUCUGACUACGAAAGAGCUAUGGGCCGGCAAGGACUUUAAGUUGCCGACACACAAGUACUAUAAGAGUCUAGACAAUAUCGAGCCACUCAUGCGUAGCCUGUACACCUACGGUCUCGUUCAUGUGUCAGGUACACCCAAUUCGAUGGAGGCGACCGAAAAGUUUGCCAAGAAGAUUGGUUUUGUACAGCGCACAAUUUACGGGACCAUGUGGACGACGAACCCGACGAACGAGGAAGAGGGCUAUAAUGACACGGCGUCUACGAACCUGGAGCUGCCUAACCACACGGACGGCACGUACAUUCGUGAACCACCAGGACUGCAGAUUUUCAAUUGUGCGGCUCAAGCAGGUGAUGGCGGUGAGAGCCGCUAUGUGGAUUCUUUUUACGUUACUGAAACGCUGAAGAACGAGGAUCCGGAGGCUUUUCGUGUGCUGAGUACGACGGUUUUGCCCUUCUUCGCUGUGGAUAAUGACGCCCAUCUGGCUAGCAUGGAGCCGAUGAUCCGCGUUGACUACGCUGGUAACAUCGUGCAGUUUCGCCACAACGAUUAUGACCGUGCACCGCUGACACACCUAAACUUCGUUGAGGUGGGUAAGUUCUACAAGGCGCACCGCAUACUCCUCGAUAUUAUGCGUCGACCGGAGAUGGAGUUCUGCACAAAGCUUCAGGUCGGCGACAUGAUGGUCGUAGACAACCAGCGCGUAUUGCACGGUCGCUACGCAUUUCAAGGUGGUGACCGCGCUCUCAUCGGUUGUUACAUUGGCCAAACGGAGUAUGAGAGCCGCCUACGUGUGCUGGGUAUCAUUUAA